AUGCAUAGGUUGCUCGCUCACCAUGGUCUGAUACAGAACUUCCGUAUUCUCGCCUUGCGGGCUGCCCUCCCACGAGUGACGUUACGGGUUGAAAAGCGAGGAUACAAUGGGACAAGAGGCACCGUUGCUCCCGGCAAAAAUGGCAACGACACGCCGCGUGCAAUUGCAUCUACCUUGCGCAAACACCGGAGGCUCCAACCCGGACUGGGUAACAGCGGUAGACCUGGGCUCACGGAUGGGCUGACGGAGGGCACCGGUGGACCUGCCGGGAGAGUCAAAGGACUUGGUGAUCCGGCCUCGGCGAGUCCGAGUCCAGGCCCAGACCAACCUCAAGCGCAUGGGGCAGACAAGCAAGAUACAAAACCACAAAAGGAAGAGAAUACUGUGUUGCCUGAGCGCAAAUAUAUGCGGCGAAUUCUUGGCCCCAAACGCUUCCCGCCGCUGCUUCGGGAAAUCCAAAGAGUUGGGCAAGAUCACAAAAUCUCCAAAACCGGCCGACUUCAGAAAUCCCUGGACAGGACUGUAAUUUCUACUGCAAUACUCGAAGCGGAGUUGAAAUGGAUUUGCCGCAAUCAUCCGCACCCUAAGGCUGUCCGCAAUAUUCUGGAAAUCCUCAUCCACGACCGCAAGGUCAAGCCCUCGGCAGCGCAUUACGAGGCAUUAAUUCUGGCCAAUUGCUUUCCAGAGCUUGGCUCUGUGAAGAAUGUCAAGAUUUUCUUGGAAGAGAUGGAACGGGAGGGCGUGUUGAUCGAGCCUUCCACAUAUUAUGCUGUCUUGACGGUCCUUGCAGUUCAUCCGGAUACGUACCUCCGGACGACCAUCAUCCAGCAACUUCGCAAGCAAUGGGUGUCGAUUCCGGAACGCUACGCACUACUAAACGUUGUUGCCAUGAUCCGCGAGGGCCAGCUCGAACUCGCUACUCUGGAGAUGGAGAAAUUACAACAGAAACAAACCCGGAUCCCGCCCUGGGUAUGGAUUAUUUAUGUCCAUGCCAUCUGCGACCGUCACGAUUUCCAAGCCUUGUUGCAACUCCUUUACAAGUUGUCUGACGAAGGCUUCCUUUUUCCUCGCCCAACGCUACUUCAUGCUCUGAUUACGGCGAGUAAGAACGACUCGUUGGACGUCACCAAGUAUCUAUGGCACGGUUACGUCGAGAGCAUGCAUAUCAUGCCCAACGAAGACCUAUGCAUGACUGUUCUACGGCUGGCGGCCCGAUACCAAGAUGUGAAACUGGCAGAAUCUGUAGCGGUGGUCCUAGAGAGCGUCGCUGGGGACGCAUGCACCACGCCACCGAGCCUAGUUGACCAGCCGCCGCCAACCAAACAUGAGAUUAUGAGUUUGACGUUCGAUUCGCCGCAUCUUCCUGGAUUGGACCCUCAACAGCGGCCUGGCUCAGACGGGUCUGGAGAUGGGAGUAUCACGACAAGCUCCAGUUCUGGGAAGCGGACGCCAUCAUCCUCGGAAUCCGAAGCCGAAGUCCAAUCUCUCGCCGUGGCCUUUUCCAGUCCAGUUCCGCUACCGCACCCGUCAUCUUGGCUUCGGCCACGUAAGUUGCCUGAGCAAGCGGUGCAGCUUCUACGCGAACUCGGGAUCGAAACGAGUUGGCAGGGCCGAAAUAGGAGACGCGCUGGCAUCCUCUAUCCGCUGUUUAAGCAGGAGCGCGGCUUGCGAGGCGCGAGAUUCGAUCCGAGACUAGCAUUGAUGCAAGGAUGGGAUUGGAGGAAGAAGUGA